GGGCGGCGGGCGGGACCAGACCCCUCGGGGCACGGCGCAUCUUGGCACCCGGAGGCAGCGGAGGCAGGCGCAGCAUCCUCGCUGGGAAUUGGAGCUGGAGUGAGCGCACCGCGGGAGGAGCCGCCGCAGCCUCGGAGAUCCCGAGUGGAGGAGGUGACAGCUCCAUUGCCGGGUUUUUAUUUUUUUUUCUCUCCGCCUCCCCGUCUCCUCCUCAGGCUCGGACCAUGGUGCAGUCCCACUGGCUCCCCUGCCCCCCUCUCCUGUGAGACUGGCUGCGGGGAGGGAUCAUGGAUACUUGUCUGCCGGCUUCUGGUUCCCACGCAAGUAAGCCUGCUGUCAAUGGAGGAGGACAUUGAUACCCGCAAAAUCAACAACAGUUUCCUGCGCGACCACAGCUAUGCGACCGAAGCUGACAUUAUCUCUACGGUAGAAUUCAACCACACGGGAGAAUUACUAGCGACAGGGGACAAGGGGGGUCGGGUUGUAAUAUUUCAACGAGAGCAGGAGAGUAAAAAUCAGGUUCAUCGUAGGGGUGAAUACAAUGUUUACAGCACAUUCCAGAGCCAUGAACCCGAGUUCGAUUACCUGAAGAGUUUAGAAAUAGAAGAAAAAAUCAAUAAAAUAAGAUGGCUCCCUCAGCAGAAUGCAGCCUACUUCCUUCUGUCUACUAAUGAUAAAACUGUGAAGCUGUGGAAAGUCAGCGAGCGCGAUAAGAGGCCAGAAGGCUACAAUCUGAAAGAUGAGGAAGGCCGGCUCCGGGAUCCUGCCACCAUCACGACGUUGCGGGUGCCUGUCCUGAGACCCAUGGACCUGAUGGUGGAGGCCACCCCACGUAGAGUAUUUGCCAAUGCACACACGUAUCACAUCAACUCCAUCUCAGUCAACAGCGACUACGAAACCUACAUGUCAGCUGAUGACCUGAGGAUUAACCUGUGGAACUUUGAAAUAACCAAUCAAAGUUUUAAUAUCGUCGACAUUAAGCCAGCCAACAUGGAGGAGCUCACGGAGGUGAUCACGGCAGCCGAGUUCCACCCCCAUCACUGCAACACCUUCGUGUACAGCAGCAGCAAAGGGACAAUCCGGCUGUGUGACAUGCGGGCAUCGGCCCUGUGUGACAGGCACACCAAAUUUUUUGAAGAGCCGGAAGAUCCAAGCAACAGGUCAUUUUUCUCUGAAAUUAUCUCUUCGAUUUCGGAUGUGAAGUUUAGCCACAGUGGGAGGUAUAUCAUGACCAGAGACUAUCUGACAGUCAAAGUCUGGGAUCUCAACAUGGAAAACCGCCCCAUCGAGACUUACCAGGUUCAUGACUACCUCCGCAGCAAGUUGUGCUCCCUCUAUGAAAAUGACUGCAUUUUUGAUAAAUUUGAGUGUGUGUGGAAUGGGUCAGACAGUGUCAUCAUGACGGGCUCCUACAACAACUUCUUCAGGAUGUUUGACCGAAACACCAAGCGUGAUGUUACACUUGAGGCCUCGAGGGAAAACAGCAAACCCCGGGCUAUCCUAAAACCGCGAAAAGUGUGCGUAGGGGGCAAGCGGAGAAAAGACGAGAUCAGUGUCGACAGUCUGGACUUUAGCAAAAAGAUCUUGCAUACAGCUUGGCAUCCUUCAGAAAAUAUUAUAGCAGUGGCGGCUACAAAUAACCUAUAUAUAUUCCAGGACAAGGUUAACUAGGAGGACAAGUUAUUACUUAAUAAUCUCACAUACUGAAUACUAGUCAAACACGUUUUUAAAUGUUUCUUUGGGUCUUCAUUUGAUGCAUUGACUUUAAUUUCCCUAUGCAGAAAACAAUUGGAAUAGAAUUAAAAGGAGUCCAACUUUCCCAUAUCCCCCGUUCUAAGAAACUUUUGUCAAACCCAACCCAAUAAGUUCUGGGACACUUCUGUUUAGAAUUGAGCUGCCAGCUAACAGUAAUUCUUCCAUAGUUGACUUGAAUUUCUGAUGCUUUUAUUGCCCAGUUUUCUCUGGUGGGUCCAAUGUUUUGUUUCUAGGUGUCUGCUGAGAUAAAAUGAGGUUGUCUGUAGUAUUUAAAGAGAAAAGAGAUAAGUUUUUUUUUUUAAUUAAGCAAGUCCAUUUGAUUGAAAAAAAACAAAAAAUAAACACCGUUUAC